ACGCCCGUCAGUCAGAUACUUCGUGACAUACCUUCAUGCAGCACAGGCGACAUCAGUAGUAGCAUGUUGCAAGAGGCAGCAGAGGGGGCACCGGGUCGGUCGGGGCAACACAAGCGUGCAGCUGGGGAUGAUGGGGAGUGUCGACCUGUGCAGGAGCGGGCGACAGGAUCGACCUCGAGGAGAGUGACGCAGACGAUGCGGGCGAGUCAGCCUCGGUUGGCCAGUUUACAUCCGCGGACACGGGCGAUUUUGAGCGGGGACGUUGUCGCAGACGCAGCAGGAUGGCAGGAGAGGGUCUCCGACCGAGCGACGGAUCAGCCCAUGAGCGCACCUGCUGAGGCGACGUUGCCACAUACUGUAGGGCGUACAGCGGGCACCGGCGACCACGCCGAGCACAGUGCGCCCCCAAGGAGGAGCAUGGCUGCACGUAUAUUGCGGGAGGAUGUGAGGGCAGCGACAGCGCAGCGACCGUCACAUGCGCCAGUCGUUUGGGAGUCUGGCACAGACGAUUUGGAGAUACCUUAUGGCCAGCGGAGGAGGGUUUCCGUGUACGAUCUUCUUCGACCACAGGGAGGGGUUGAGGUGGCGCCACAAGGGAAGAUUCAUGCUCCGGAUACUACGCACGCGCCGGCAGGCGGCACAGGUCAUGGGGAUGGUGUGACAGGUGUGGUGCCGCAGAGGAGGAGGAAGGACAUUGUAGUCGACGAUGAUGCACAGUUCCACUGUUAGUCUUCUUUCAUCCUCUCAUUCGUAGUAGUGUACAGUAUAUUUAGUGCUUGAGACGA